GCAGGGCAGCUCCCAGAACACAAUCUGAAACCCUGAGACCUCUCACUCCCCUGCAGGAUUACUACACUUUAACUACAGUAUUACAACACAAAAUCUUUCAUAGUUUGAAGGGUUCAACAAAAGGCACUACAAUAUAAAGGUCUCCAUCUGCUGCAGAAAGCACCCAUCCUACUGCUACUACAGGAUUACACCACAUCUUCAUCCAAUCAAAACCUUUCAGAGACACAGGAAGCAGGCACCCCAGGCUGCACCAGGCUGCCCCAGGACCAGAAACCAAAGAAAUCACCGGACCAGUAACCCAGACCAAAACAGAAUCAGGAAAGACCAGAAGAGACCAGUCGAACUCAGUAAAGGACAGUGGAAAAGUUUGAUGGGACUCUUGACGAUAGCCACAUGCCUCUGAGUCCGGCUGCUGACACCAAACAUGAUCGCCCGCGGCAACAGGCGGUUACAAACGGCAACCCGGCAGGCUCUGUUGUUGCCAGGGACGACGAGGGAGAGGACACACCCACUGGGAACAGCAUCGUCGUCCGCAUCGGCAUCCCGGACCUGCAGCAGACGAAGUGUUUGCGGUUGGACCCAGAGUUACCAGUUUGGACCAGUAAGCAGAGGGUUCUGGUGACGUUGACUCAGUCUCUGUCGGAUGUUUUGAACUAUGGUCUCUUCCAGCCGGCGUUCAACGGCCGAGCCGGAAAGUUUCUGGACGAGGAGCGGCUGCUGAAGGAGUAUCCUCUCCCGCCCAUCACACCCAUCCCAUACCUGGAGUUUCGUUACAAGAGGAGAGUUUAUACCCAGAGUUACGUGGACGACAAACAGCUGGCAAAGCUGCAUACCAAGGCCAAUCUGAAGCGCUUCAUGGAACAUGUUCACCAGAAGAAUGUGGAGAAGGUUUCCAAGUGGUUGGAAAAAGGCCUCGAUCCCAACUUUCACGACUCUGACACGGGAGAGUGUCCUCUGACUCUGGCCGUGCAGCUGGAGGAGAGCUGCGAGCUGAUUAAAGUUCUUCGCAAUGGAGGAGCUCACCUGGACUUCAGGACCAGGGACGGCAUCACUGCCCUUCACCGGGCCGUCCUCUGCAGAAACAGCGCCGCCCUCACCACUCUGCUGGACCUUGGGGCAUCUCCGGACUACAAGGACAGCAGAGGCCUCACUCCGCUCUAUCACUCGGCCAUGGUGGGCGGCGCCCCCUACUGCUGUGAGCUGCUGCUGCAGGACCACGCCACCAUCGGGAUGACAGAUGAGAACGGGUGGCAGGAAAUCCAUCAGGCAUGUCGCUAUGGCAACGUGCAGCACUUGGAGCACCUGCUGUUCUAUGGCGCUGACAUGAGUUCCCAGAAUGCAUCAGGAAACACUGCACUGCACCUCUGCGCUCUGUACAACCAGGAUAGUUGUGCCCGAGUGUUGCUGUUCAGAGGAGCCAACAAGGACAUCAAGAACUACAACAACCAGACGGCCUUUCAGGUGGCAAUCAUUGCCGGGAAUUUUGAUCUGGCAGAAAUCAUAAAAAUCCACAAAACGUCUGACGUUGGUGUCCAAGUAGUUCCCUUCAGAGAAACUCCCUCCUAUACCAAGCGCCGCCGCAUGGGCUUGACCCGGACAACAGCUGGAAACGGCCUGUCAUCUCCUCGCUCCCUGAUUCGCUCAGCCAGUGACAAUGCCUUGGAAAGCCCCGCCUCCUCGCCUGGCCCCUCCCUUCAAAGCCUGGAGACGCACCAUGACACGCACACACACUCGCUACGCCGACACACACGCCGACUCAGUCCAAGUGGGGGAGGUCAUGUGGAGACCAGCCCUCCCUCCUCUCCUCCCCCGACCCCACAGAUGAGGAAGAGGAGGCUGUAUAGCGCCGUCCCGGGACGCACCUUCAUCGCCACCCGGUCCCACGUCCCUCAGGGGACUGGAGAGAUCCAGCUGCACCGAGGAGAGCGGGUCAAAGUUCUCUCUAUCGGUGAAGGAGGAUUCUGGGAAGGAAGCGUUAAAGGCCGAACCGGCUGGUUUCCUGCCGACUGUGUGGAAGAAGUACAGAUGAGACAAUACGACCCAAGACUGGAGACGCGAGAGGACCGCACCAAGAGACUGUUCAGACACUACACUGUAGGAUCCUACGACAACUACACCUCCUACAGCGAUUACGUGAUCGAGGAGAAGACGGCCGUGCUGCAGAAGAGGGAGAGCGAAGGAUUUGGCUUCGUCCUCAGAGGAGCUAAAGCUGAGACGCCCAUCGAGGAGUUCGCUCCAACCCCGGCGUUUCCCGCCCUUCAGUACCUGGAGUCAGUCGACCAAGGGGGCGUGGCCUGGAGGGCGGGGCUACGGACCGGAGACUUUCUCAUCGAGGUGAACGGUACCAACGUGGUGAAGGUGGGUCACCGGCAGGUCGUCUCUCUAAUCCGGCAGGGAGGAAGUCGCCUGCUGAUGAAAGUUGUCUCAGUUUCCAGGAAAUCUGAAACCAACCUGAUCAGGAAAAAAGCACCGCCCCCUCCAAAACGAGCCCCCAGCACCUCCCUGACCCUGCGAUCCAAGUCCAUGACGGCUGACCUGGAGGAGAUAGCCAGGAGGAGACGCUUCGAAAAACUGGAUGAGAUGUUGGCCGGAAGUCAACAGGAAGUCGUCUUGAGGGGCCGCCCAUCAGAUGACUUCAGGGCGGCGACGGUGAAGCAGAGGCCAACCAGCCGGCGUAUCACACAGGCAGAGAUCAAUUCGCUGUUUGAGCGUCAGGGUCUGGUGCCCCCUUCAGCUCCAGAGAAGAGCACCAUGCCUUUACCCAGAGGGAUGUCCAGAACCAAGAGUUUUGGCACACCGGACGACGACAGAAUCACGGCUCUGAUCAAUGAAAGUCGAUUUCCACGGAGCUCUUCGCUGACAGACAGCUUCAUCCCUCCUCCUCCUCAGACAGCACCGCCUCCUCCACCCUCUGCAUCCUCUACCUCCUCGCUCUUCAUACUCGACUCUGGCCCUCCUCCCUCUUUUCUCCCUCCUCCUCCUCCAGCACGAGGAGAUGGACUGACCCGCUCUAGUUUCAAGCCAGGGGCAGAGCCAAGGCUUCAGGAGCUUUCAGAUUCACCAACGAGGAGCCACACCCACGCCGAGCGGCAGAGGAAAGCAAGGUCCAUGAUCAUCCUGCAGGACACGCCUCCACCACUGCAGCCUGAUGCUCACGGUGCCCCUGCUACUCACACACUUCACACCGCCACACACACCGCCACACACACGCUUCACACCGCCACACACACAUCUACGCUGUCUCUGCACAGCACUAGCCCCGCCCUUGGCCACUCACCUCUGUCGCGGCGUCGGGGAAGAGCAAUAGAAAACCCCUAUGCUAAUGUGGGACAACAGGCUCCGCCCACCAAACCCCAGAGGAGGAAGUCACCAUUACUGAAACAACUUCCUGUUGAAGAGCAGGGUCUUGGGAUCAAAGAUCACGAUUCAUCCAAAGAAGGAGGUGGACCCAGCAGCCCCAGCAGGGCUGAGCUGUACCAGCAGCAGGUUCUUUCAGAGCGCGCUCGAGUUCAGGGUCGCCGGUCGUCUCUCUUCUUGUCAGUGGAGGGAGCGGGGUCAGAAAAUCAGGCACCGCCUCUUCUGACGCAGAGCCACUCGAUGGAUGACCUCGGCGAGCUUCCCCCUCCAGCUCCGGUCCUGUCACCUUCACCGACUCCUCAUACCUUCCUCCACCCGCUAACAGGGAAACCUCUAGACCCGUCCUCUCCACUCGCCCUGGCACUUGCUGCAAGAGAACGAGCGCUCACCGCCCGCACACCGAGCCCUGAGCCUCGAACUAAACACGCUUCUGCCUCCACCACACCCAUCCCCACCCCGGCUGCCAGUCCUGAGGGCAGACACAAGCGAACGCCCAUCACCACCCCACAAAGCAGUCCUGAGCCACGAUCCAAGCGCACCACUCCUCAGACAAGCCCUGAGCAGCGGACCAAACGCACCACUCCCCAAACGAGUCCUGAGCUAAGGCAUAAACGCAUAACCCCACCCCUUUUCCCAGAUGGACAAGUUGAGCGCCCAGAAACAGAGGGAGGAGUGACAUCACCUGCCGCACCCUCCCCUGAGCGCUGGAGACCCUCCCCUUUGCCACCACUGGCCAAUGAGGCUCAUUCUCCUCUGAUUGAUAGACGUAGAAGCCUCACAGUGGGCAGUUCAGAGGAGGAGGGAGGGGCUUACACAGUGACACUCCCACCUGCCUUGUUAUCAUCCAGCGAUGAGGAAACUAGGGAGGAGCUGCGUAGAAUUGGUCUGGUGACUCCCCCUCCUGGCUUUACAAGCCCUACUGCUGCUCCUCCCCCAUCCUCUCUCACCUUGUUGCCACGACGAGGUGGAGAGGGAGGGGGAGGAGAGAGUGGUCCUGAAUCUUUGGGUAGACGAGGAGAUGAGGAGGAAGGAGGUGAUGAAAGGCUUCAUGACAGUUCGUCUUCCCCAAGCUCCCUCCCACCCUCCAUCACCCUGGCUUCUCCUCCUGCUCCAUCUUCCCCAUCUUCCCCACCUGCUACUCACCCAUCUCCUUCAUCCGCUGCCGUUUCCCCAUCAGGGUUAAAGCCUCGCCUUCGUUCACCUAUCGGUCGAGGACGUUCUGCACUCCGGGACCCCCUAUUAAAGCAGUCGUCGGACAGUGAGCUCCUCCCAUCUGCUGCAUCAUCAUCAUCCCCCUCCUCCCCACUUUGCUCCUCUCCCACCAGUGGCGGAGGCCGACAGCCACGCUAUUUGUUUCAAAGGAGGUCUAAGUUGUGGGGGGGUGGGGAUCAAGAUCGACGGGGCCUCAGUCCGGAGGAAGGGGGGGGGCGUCCAGCAGCCUUGGGAGGCCAGGGAUCCGGCUCAGCUGUGGAUCUAACAAGCCGGUCAGCUUCUGCACUAGAGCUAAGCGGCAGAGCAGGGUCUGGACUCGAUCUAGCCAAUCGGCUACAGCUGCUCAACAAAGAUAGCCACUCACUGGGGGAGGAGCCAAGCCCCCUCGAUCCAGGUCGAAGGUCACCAGUAGGAGGUGCCAGGUUGUUCUCCAGUCUCGGUGAACUUCACACCAUCUCCCAGAGAGGAUAUGGCGCCUCCUAUACAGUCCGACCUGGAAGUCGCUACCCUGUCACUCGCCGGAGCCCUUCUCCUUCUCCCUCGCCCUCUGAUAGGUCAGUGGGACUCCCCUCUACUACCGCCCCCUGCUCUGAAAGGCCAGAUCUGAGCUCAGGUCGCGGUCUAACCAUCCUAAAGUCCUCCAGUCUCAGCCUCCCCUCAGAACCAAAGGAGGUUCGGUUUGUGAUGCGAAGCGCCAGUGCACGAACCAGAUCCCGUUCCCCUUCCCCUUCACCCCAUGCCUCGCCCUGCCCCUCCCCGGUCCUCAGCGGGCCCUUGUUGUCCCUACGACCAUGGAGGCAGCGGCCCCUCAACUUGUGGAAUAAAUACGAUGUGGGUGACUGGCUGGAGAGCGUGGGUCUGGCCGAACACCGCCAGCGCUUCCAGGACCAUGAGAUUGAAGGCUCCCAUCUCCCUGCCCUCACCAAAGAGGACUACGUGGAGCUGGGAGUCACCAGGCUGGGACACCGGAUCAACAUUGAGAGGGCACUCCGACAGCUGCUGGAUGGUUCCACUUGACCCCUCACCUCUGACCACUCACCUCUUAGAUAUCCUAAACUGUAACCUCAGACCCCCUGACCUCUGGUCAGACAGUAGGCCAUCUCUUUGAAUUGAAUAAUCUUAGCAGUGACUGAAUAUUUAGACCUUAGACCAGAAGUUUUCUGGUUUAUCAGCUCUUUGAUCAGCAACAUAAGGACUGGUAGCAGCUGCAGACCUCUGAUGUUUCGUUUGCCUGUUAAUGUCUGCAUGCCCCAACCAAACUCCCAACCAAACCAAACACUUCACACUGAGUUAUGACUGACUUAUGGUUGUGUAGAUUCAUUUUAAACAAAAUUAACAUGAAAUUAAAUGUGCAUGGCAUGAUUUUAAUAAUCUUGAACAUUCUGUUAACUCAAUGUUCUUGAUUAUACCAAAAGUUUUAAGCCAAAUGAACUAUAGGCUAAUAUUUUAAAUGAGAAAUUGAAUCCUUUUUUAUUUAUGUACAGUGAUGAAUGAUUAAGAGAUGAAUUAACAAUCUGACACCAACAAAGGUGGUCAUGAGGAAAAUCAUGAGGUUCAACUGCAGGAAUUCAUUUGGGGCUGAAAAUAAGUCCAUGCUUGCCAGAAUAUUAAAGAUCAGAGAAUUAUUUUUUUCAAAUACGCCACCUCAGUAUUAGUCCAAAACAGUUUGUUUUUUUUAGUCGCAAAAAUCCCCAACAAAAAACACUAAAACAUUUAACAUUCCCAGACAUGGACACUCAGUCAUUUAACUGGGAAUUAUAAAAUGUCAGAAGACACUAAUGGAAAAUAUCGAUGACAGACAUGUGCAGACAUGUGAAAACUGGUCGCUGAACUAUUGAAACAACCAAAUGAACUGUCUAAAUCUUGUCAGCUGGACUCACUCGGUUUUACACUGUGACAGAUUUGUCAGUGUUCUCUGAUAGCAUGUUUGCUAGUCUUUCCAAUUGCUGGGAUAACAUUACCUAUAAAAGCAGAAUCUUCUCCAGCAUACAAUUUCACUACAAGCCACUAAAUUUUACUAUACUUAGAAUUAAAAUGUACCAGUAAGUCCCACAAUGUGAACAAACUGGGAACAAAAUCCAUCAAAGUUUCCCUGACCGUGAUGUAACUUAUGAAACAGCUGCUUCUGUACAGCCAGGAUUUAAAAAUGAAAAAUAACAGUCAGUGCAUCUGAGAAAGGCAGAACAAUGAAAGGAACUGAAAAAUCUUAUCCACACGACUCUGCUCUUAAGCUACGAGAGAUUUGAGUGGCCAUUAUUUUUUUUAAAUCCAAAGGUAACUACUCAGUAACUGUUAAUAAAGUUUAUGGUGUAUUACGAUUCUUGAAGACUAUAAGCUGCAGCUUAAAUUCAAACAGUUGCUUGUUGUUACAGUUUUUGACAGUAAACACUUACACAUCUGGAAACAUCAGCUAUGAAAGCAUUACCUGAAUUCUGGUCUGGACCAUUACAAACAGCUCUGCUGCCAGCCUCUAAUGGUGAUCAAAGAGCUGAUGUGACAAUCCGACUACAAACACACUGAGACGGGUCGUGUCCUCGUGCCGUUCUGCUUCCCCAGACGAGUUUAGCUGGACCUUUGCUAGCGGAGCUGGAUGACUGGCAAGCUACUGGGAGUCUCUACUGUAACACCGGGAGAUUAUAGCUGAGGAUAUUUGUCCGUCCUUUUCUUGUGACUUUACUUUUGUUUUCCCAAAUAAUCACUCAUGACGAGUUUGUGUUAAUUUUUGAGUUCAUACUAUCUUAAAGCUGAUCAUUUAGAAUUUAUGAAUAACAAGUAACAAUAAUGUGGUGGUGAUGAGUUUAUAAUAGUCCGGAAAAUGAUUUUGAGUUCCUUAUGAUUUGACAAUGAGUUGAAUUUCAAGGUCAUCUCGAUGAUGUUUUUGGAAUUCAUAAUGAUUUGUCAAUGAGUGUGACUUUGUGCUGAUGUGCUAUGUGUUUCAGGGAGAGCUGCAGCAGAGCUCCAACUGUAAACCUCUCUGGUUUCUAACCUGCUUAUUGAGGGCUUACUGUACAUGGUGCUAUUUGUUUAAAGCCAUCUGUACAGAAAAUACUUUCCUCCUUCCCCUCUUUAUCUUCCUCACCCUGAUAUCUAUUAAUUAGCCCCCCGAAAUUUAAUCAAAGAACGACUUUCAGGAACAGGCCAUAAAUGGAGUUUCCUCCCUGCCAUACUGGGGAUUUUUCAUCCCUGCCAUAUGUGGAGUUUCCUCCUGACCACAGAGUUUACAUCAGAGUUCCCCUGUAAGACUUAACAUCCAUUCAUUUUAAUUCUACUUCAUCUUAUUUAAUUUUUCACCGUGAAACAUUUUCAUGUUAAGUCACAGUUAAAGUGCAGAGGUGAAGGGUUUUUGUGCAGUUUCAGUAUCCAACACAGCUGCAGACUCUAGAUCACUCUCUUGCAAUUAAUUAAAUUGAAUGUAUAUUUUCACUUACCAGCAGUAUAUAAACUUGUAAUAAAGUAUUAGCGCCACUAGAUGGAUAGGCAACAGGGAGCGAUAUUCUAAGCAGUGUAAGAUAUGGCUUUUCUGGAGAUUUGGCGCCUUCCCCUAAAGGAAAUUUACCAGGACUCUUAUAAAGAUAUAUUUCACCAUUUGGAUCGAUUUUAAUUUAAUCAAGCAAAAAAAAAGAAAUGUUGAUCUGUAGAGCUGUCACUCAAAAUGUAAUCUCAGAUAACAGGAAGGGAGACUCAAAUGAACCGAAAAUUUCUGAAACAUUUUGGGUUUAAAUACUCAAUAAAUCCAUGAUGUUUCCAAAGUAAUCGAGUUUAAAUCAAAUUAUGAUCACGGCUGAUCAAAAUAGUCAGGAUUGCAAUUUUUGCCAUCACGUCACCAGAAAUAACAGAAAAUCUUCUGCUUGCAGUUGUAGUUGCUCCUCAAAAGCUCAAUUUGAGUUGGAACAAACCUCUGGACAUAUAUGACACACUACAUCUGCACAUUAAAUAUUAACUACAUGUUUAUAUGCUGCUAAUAAAUGUAAAUAAGUAAUUUAUCUGCCUGCUGUGGAAUCUAAUCACAAAGAAGCUGAAAGAAUUCAUGUAGUUGGAGAUACUGUCCAAAAUUACAGGAAGCUAUCUAAGUUAGAGUUUAUGGAAACCGGCUGGCGCACUUUAUCCUGAUGUGUCGUUCACGCCAAAUGUGAAGCAAAGUUUCACCUCGCGUGGAAUCAGCCACACUGGAGACCUUUAUCCCGUCUUUAGCCAGCGGGAUAAAGACGAAGCUGGAAACAAGUUCCAGAAACGCAUCCUCACAGUUUACACUCUGUUUCCUCCGAGCUCGCUCCUUUUUUUUUCUCUUUGUCUAAAAGCAAAGUUGAACCUUUCAGCUCCAGCUGUUCUCAACCAGCGCAGAUAAGCUCCUCUCUCAUUUCUGAUCUCACUGGUAUCAGCAGAGGAUCACCGCUGAUGGGUUCUCAUGCGAGCAAAUGUGGAUUUGCCUGUAUUAUUAAACAGACUGAUCGUAUCCGUACCGUAUGAAAACUCUGCUUCAUGUUUGUUGUGAAUGCACCGUUAAAGGGGACCUUUAUAUUUUUAUACUGGCGCUAGAUCAGAGUAGCUUUGUACAGGUCAAAGUUCAAAUAAUCUUCAUAGUAACAUUCCUGUCUUUGUACAGGCCCUCAGUUCACCCUGUCUGAAACAAGCCAAUUUAUCUUCGGGCUCUUUCCUUGACAGCCUACUUUGCUCUUAUUGGCUAACUUCUGGAAGCCUGCCGAGGGGCGGCAUCCAGUGCUUGUGAGGUGUACUCUGAAGGCCAAGUGUUCGGCUCACAGGGAUUACUUCUACUCAUGUUUACCUCAUUAUGUGUUUAUAUACACACAUUAAACAUCACAACAUCAGACAGAUGACAACAAAAUAAGUAAAGGUUUCAUAUUUUACUACAGCACUAAUAAUGAUAUUAUUAUAAUCCAUCACUUUGACCUCUUGCCCUGAGAAAACAGACUUAUUCAGAGCUUUGUGUUUAUCCUAACUUAGCACAAAGCAUGGGAGCAGGAGGAAACUGUUAGCCUAGCUCCAUCACAAGGUAAAAGUCCACGUUCUAGCUUAUUUACACAGUGUAGUGUUGUAUUCAGAAAACUAAAACAGAGCAGUCCUGAGUACAACUCAAACAGCCUCCUUUUUACUUCACUGUCUUUCUGCAUUUGCACAUUAACAGCAAGUGGGUGGAAACUGGAUUCCUCCAACCUAUAAACCAGCGUUCUUUACGUACCGGAGACUUGAAUAGAAUUUUAUUUCAGACAUUUUCUUAAAGUCACAUCGCCCCCUUCUUUUCUGAAUAUUUGAAUUUGGUUUAAAAAAGAAUGAAUCCCUCCGUUUGCCGCCCUCUAAAGCACAAUCAAAGUUUCAGUGCCUGUUCCCGCAGCAGAUUGACUGCUUCUGUCUCGUUUCCUUCCAAGUCCAGUUCCCAAACAACCUGCCGAGCUGCAGUCAUGAUUUCCAAAGCUCUACAAGUUGAUGUUGACAUGCUUUUAUGGACAAAGUAAUAUAGAAUGUACAGACUAUUUACAGCACAUUACAGUAGACUAUAUGGUCUGUAUAAUAUAUAUUAUGGUAGAAUAAAAUGUAGCUAUAGUGUAAAAUAUAAAGUAGACAAAGUUUAUUUAAAAAAGUAAUAUUUUGGUAGGCUGUAGUCUAUGAAGUCUUUAAUCUAAUGAGAUAUUCAGAGCUUGUAAGCAGCUACACUGAGCUCCAUCUGGAAACAGUACAAGUUUCAAAUAAACCAGGUUUCAUUUUUUCAAUGAAGAAAUCAAACGUGCGUACAUUUAAAUAUACAAUAAAUUAACAGUGUCUUUUGUCCACAGAAACACUCACCAGUACUAUUACCUUACAUUAUUGAGGUGACUGCUGUUGUGAUUUAAUGCUAUACAAAAUAAAACUGAAUAAAACUAAACUGAAUUGAAUACACUAUAAAAUAAAAUUCUGCUUAAGUUCAGGAUAUUUUUGCGUUGGGUUCAUCCAAUCUUAACCUUCAGUUCUACUUAAAUAAAGCUACACAUCUGAUGGGAAAUCAGAUGACCAAAGUCUGGCUUCUUGUAAUUCUUCCUCUUGCGACAGACAUCCUGGAAAUCAGGCCUAUACUUUCUGUUUCUGGUUAUCCAGACUAGACUGUAAUGACUCUAGUCUGAAAUAACACUGGAAAAAAUGUGACCAACAAAACAAAAAACAGAAGUGGCAAAGAAAAGAAAAUGGCUAGCACCUGAUUCUUUUCUUGCUUCUCUCCAUUGAUGUUGUACUUAUUGUGCGCAGACUUAGCAGAGAAAAAUGCUCUGCAGAAAUGCUUUAAGAUAAAACACAAUAAAAAGAGAAUCGGUGGAUCGUCUGUGUGGAAAGCUACAAAAACUCAGUUCGGGUCAUCAUUAUUUGGUUUUAUCAAUUUUAUCGAUUAGCCAAACCGGUCUGGACCAAAAGUGUCUUUGAAUGUUUAAUCUGCAGCUCAGAGUCCUGCAGUGUGGCUGCUUACACUGAGAGAAUAUCACGUGAGUCAGGUAUUCUGUACAUGUGUAGUAUAUAUUAUAAUGGACUACUGAUAGUCUACUGUACAGAGUCAUGCGCGGAAUGAGUCAGUGAAGCAGGUUGGAAGCAGAUCAGCGACCUCAGGUCCCCGCCUGUGCUCUGUUACACCUGACAUGAGGUCAGUCGUCCAUCGUAGGACUUCUCAGCCAAUCAGAAAUGACAACGUUUAAUCAGUUCUGUCUUAUUUGAGCCAAUCAAAUGUAAGUAGGGCUAAACAGCAGGUGGCAACAAUUCUUCUACUCACCCAGUGAGAUUAUUGUUUUUCAAACGUUUUUUUUUUGUUGUUGUUGGUUAUUAACAACAAAAUAGAUCCAAGCAGACGUUUACGUAAAGGUUACCGUACGAGCAUCAGCACGCUCUUAUUCUACUUAUUCAACACAGCUUUGUGUCAUUUGACUGUCGUCAUCAUGGUUUCAGAACCACCUCAUUAAACCAUUGAAUAUAUUAAUGUCAUUACAACAGCUCCAGUCAUUUUUUUCAGUUAACCCUGUGAGGCCUCAGUCAUUGAAUCCAUGCACAGCCUGCAACUGAGUACAUAGGUCGCUGACGACAUUCACAACAUUUAUAUACUCAUGUGAGGCGCCCCGCAUCACUCUACUUAACCACCAGCUAGUGUUUUGGUGGUGGAGUUUCUUCCAUGAAGUGACUGAAAGCAGAUGGAAAGUCAGAAACGUGUAUGAGGAAGUGAUGCUGUCGAGAACCAAUCACAGUCCCUGCGGCCUCAAAGAUGUAAUGUGUGCUUACAUUUCAGUUACAGAAUCCCACUUUGCGCUAACCGUUUAAAUUUGGAAUCUUUUAAGAAAAAAUGUGAAAUUUUUUUUGUGUGUGUUUUAAUGGUUUUAAGACGUCCCCGAACAAAGACUGAGACCGCACAGUGUGAACAUAAUUAAUUAUCCAUAAUUAAGCCAGUAAUUAUACAAAUAAAGUUUUAUCAUUUCUAUGACUUUUACAGUAAAUCAACAUCAGUCAUUUACCGACACAAUAUCAUUGAUGUAUUUACUUAGGCAAUAAGUAAAGACGCUUCUGUUAAAUCUCACAAACAAAUUCUCACUAAUACCAUUUAUUGACACUCAUAUUGGUAUAGCAUUUUUAUAAUUAAAAAUAUCCUCAAAUCACAUGUAAAUAAAGAGCGGGGCUCAUAAACCAUCCCAUUCAGUAACUUUAAAUACAUCUGAAGUGAGCUGGAUUACAGUGUUAUUCAGUCUACAAGAUAAAACCCUGUCCAAGUACUUUUGGUCAUUUUUGGUUCUACAGUUUGUGUUUGCGUAUUCCGGCCAUCUACAAAGAUAAUAAGUCAAUCGGAAAACCACAAAAAAGCUGCCUCGUGAUUUUUGUGCUAUUUAAUAUGAGCUCAGAUUGUUUAAUCAGGUCUGUGAUGAAAAGAUUUGUAAUAAUUCUUCUAAGAGAAAAAUGAGGAUAUAAAUCAAACCAUAGCUCCUCAGCCGUGGUUUAAACCUCUAAUAUUUAUUAUUUAUGUUCCUCGAUGUUCGGUAGCUGGGGAUGGUCAUGCCUUGGUCUUUUACCAACGUUCAUGUCCAUGAAGUGUCAGAAAAUACACAAAGUUCAGUAACGUUCACGCCCACGGCAGAGUAAGGAAACUCGAGAGUUCAGAUUUUUACAUUUUUGUGUUUAAAAAAAUGAGAAGUUUUUAUUUAGCGAUUUUACACUCCAAAAACAGAAGGGAAUAGAAAGCCAUCAUUUAUAAAUGUUCACUUCACAUAUUUGUUGGUUAAAAGUUGGUUGAGAACAAAAUUUCUUUUGCUUAGGGUUAGAGAACUGUAGAAACCAGAGGCCACCCAGCAGGGGGUGCUGCAGAUAAACGUUGAAGCGAUAACUUAAAAACUUCCAGAUUCUUCCAAAUCUGUAUGAUAAAGUGAUAAUUGAUCAAUAGAAGCAGGAUAAAUCUGAAAGAAUGAGCCACAAUGGAAAACUGGAAAAUAAUCCACAGCUUCCUGCUGAUUGGCUGAGAAUCCUGGCUUUCUAACCUGCGUGUGAAACCCUCCUCCCCCUCCUCUUAAAUCUCCACCUGCUUAUAAGUUUAUGGUU